UUCUCCCAACAAACUGAUCCCCCCUCCCCUAAUAUGGCUCUCCUUAGUUUUAAGAAAUCGCUAACCAAAUCUGAUUCUUUGUACAACUGGAAAGAUGAUGGGUCCAACCCAUGUGACCCCAAUAAUGUGUGGGUUGGCAUAAUAUGUUCAAACGGGGUGAUUAGCAGCAUCAACCUCUCAAGUAUGGAUCUUGAAGGCCGGCCCGACAUCCGUCCCCUGGAGCAUAUCGACGGCCUGAAAGCCAUCAGCAUCGAAAACAACUCCCUUGCGGGCCCAAUGCCGGAGAUCAAUCGUCUUAGCUAUCUAAAAGCUUUUUAUGCAGGUAGUAACUGGUUCUCCGGGGUCAUACCUUCAGAUUUUUUCCAGACAUUAGGGUCCUUAAAGAAACUGUGGUUACAACAUAAUAACUUUUCUGGACAGAUCCCCGUGUCUAUCGGAGAAUUACCAAACCUUAAGGAACUCCAUUUAGAAUACAACCAAUUCUCUGGGCCCAUCCCCUCUUUCCCGGAAGCUGCAGAUGUCUUGACAACUCUUGAUCUGUCCUACAACAAACUUCAAGGCCAAAUACCCCAGACUCUGAACAAAUUUGAUACCAAAGCGUUUGAAAACAACGCUGACCUUUGUGGUCAAAAACUCUCUAAAGAAUGCAACAAGCAGCAGCCUAAAUCACAACAACCCCCGACCACUUCUGAAUCAAAAUCAUCACCAAAAUGGAUCAUCAUGCUUGUCGUCGUGCUUCUCUUACUACUUAUUUUCAUUGGGAAGGCCAGUACCAAUGAACCACCGUAUGACACAACCAGCAGAAGCAAUAAUACCAAUAAUAAGGACAACAAAGAUGCUGCUUCCAGCAGCACCUCAUCAUCAUCUCGAAAAGGUGGCUCCCAAAAAGGCCAGCAGGCGGUGGCUGGUGUUGGGCCCUUGACUGGAAAAUCAUCAUCAGUAGGGGACUUGGUCAUGGUGAAUGAAGAAAGAGGCGUGUUUGGGUUGCAAGACUUGAUGAAAGCUGCAGCCGAGGUGCUUGGAAACGGAGGGCUGGGGUCUGCAUACAAGGCGACGUUGGGGAAUGGAGUGUCGGUGGUUGUCAAAAGGGUGCGAGAGAUGAAUCAGAUGACCAAGGAGGUUUUUGAUGUAGAAAUGAAGAAGCUAGCCAAACUGAACCACCCAAACAUAUUGACACCAUUGGCAUAUCAUUUCAGGAAAGAAGAGAAACUUUUGGUGUCGGAAUACGUCCCCAAAGGAAGUCUGCUUUAUGUUCUACAUGGGGACCGUGGUAUUUCCCAUGCGGAGUUAAACUGGGCUAAUAGGCUGAAGAUAAUAAAAGGAGUGGCAGGAGGGAUGGGCUUCCUUCAUACAGAAUUUGCAUCCUAUCCGUUGCCUCACGGGAACCUAAAGUCAAGCAACGUGCUAAUCGGAUCAGACUAUGAAGCGGUGCUUAGUGAUUACGCUUUUCAUCCUCUACUUAAUAACACGCCCACGGUACAAUGCAUGUUUGCUUAUAAAUCUCCGGAAGCCAUACUUAACCAGAAAGUAUCCCAAAAAAGUGAUGUCUACUGCAUGGGAAUCAUCAUCCUUGAGCUGAUAACCGGAAAAUACCCAUCCCAGUAUUUCAAUAACCAAAAGGGUGGUGGUGGAACAGACGUGGUACAAUGGGUAAGGUCGGCUCUUGCAGAAAACAGGGAAAAGGAGCUGAUUGAUCCAGAGAUAAUUUCGACUACAUCCAGUACUACUGGAGAAAUGGAGAAGCUUCUUCAUAUUGGAGCUGCUUGUACGGAAAGCGAGCCUGAUGAAAGAAUCGACUUGAAGGAAGCAAUAAGAAGAAUACAAGAGGUUCAUAUGUAAUUA